GGAAGAAAAGGAAGAAGCGGCACAUCCACAACAAAGAUGGCUGACCAUGUGUGACGUGUAGCAUUGGGCUGUCCCAUACACUGCCUGAAGGUCCUUACGAAAUAAACAGAUUGGGGUCCUUUUUCGCGGUUUGGGCGGUGUAUGGAGUCACAUUGUUUUACAUAACUCUGUUUAAUUACCCCCAAAUUACAAAACUACACGUUAAAUUUUGUGUUUAAGUAAUAGUGUGAAAAUAGCCUAUUGGCCAUUAACGUCCUAACUGGCCCAAUAGUUUUGUUUUUAAACGUCGAAGGGUGUGUUUUUUGUUUUUUUUUUCCCUAGUCGCUGUCCGUCAUAGCGAAGCUAACGUUAGCAUUAGCGAAGCAAACAAGCUAGCCCUGAAACUUACCCCACGCCAUUUGCGCUUUUUAGUCGAAUAAAAUACGAGGGAGGCGUUGAUGAGCAGUAAUGUCUGGUAUUGCUCUUAGCAGACUGUCUCAGGAGCGCAAAGCCUGGAGAAAAGACCACCCGUUUGGUUUUGUUGCUGUGCCCACCAAGAAUCCAGAUGGAACCAUGAAUCUGAUGAACUGGGAGUGUGCCAUCCCAGGGAAGAAAGGAACUCUGUGGGAGGGAGGACUCUACAAACUCAGAAUGCUGUUUAAAGAUGACUACCCUUCCUCUCCACCCAAAUGCAAAUUUGAGCCACCAAUCUUCCAUCCGAAUGUCUACCCGUCAGGCACUGUGUGCCUGUCCAUCCUGGAGGAGGACAAAGACUGGAGACCUGCCAUCACCAUCAAACAGAUCCUAUUGGGUAUUCAGGAGCUGCUGAAUGAGCCAAACAUUCAAGACCCAGCACAAGCAGAGGCUUAUACAAUUUACUGUCAGAACAGGAUGGACUAUGAGAAGCGGGUAAGGGCACAGGCCAAGAAGUUUGCCCCCACAUAGAGUGGAAAGCUGCCCUCGGCCUUGCCUGAACAGCCUGAAGUGACAGUGGUAACAAACAGGAGGCGGGCGGCACCUGAAGGACCACUCCAAUAAGAAUCCACGUUUGAGUAUUACUAUACUAUUGCACAGGUGACAAGCCUGUUUUCUUUUUUCUUUCCUCCUUUUUUUUUAUUAAAAAAAUAUGACUGUAUUUGUGUUUAAGAAGUAUUUAUGCAUCAAAUGCAUAGCUGAUGAUGCUAGAACUCUGCUAUCAAUAUGACAUUUGUAACUGUUGUAUAAACCAUAUCUCCAGUUUUGUCAGAGUUCAGAGUGCUAAACUUACUCAUGUCCCCAUCAAUGCCAUAAGUAAUGUGUCGUCAGAGCUGUACAAAUACAACUUCAUGCCCAAACUCUGUGUGAUGCUCAGCCAAGAAGAUUUCAUCCGUUAUACCAUCUCCCAGCUUCGAUCAAACCAUCAAUUGUGGAUAUUUUGUCAUGAAUGUUCCCACAAACUGAGACAGAAGCACAACUAAGCUAAUUCUUUAUUACAGAUUAACUUCAGAGUUUUGAGAAAAGCAUCCAAAAGAAAACUUAUUUAAGUAAAAGACAAUCCUGGCACUUCUGUAAUGUUGGUUGUGAACCAAACACUAGCCCUCAUGUAGGCAGGAAGAGAAGUUCAGUCCAUGUUAGGAAAGGAAGCAGAGACUGAAAGUAAGACAGGAGAGACAUAGCUCUGCUUCCUCCAUCGUCCUUCAUCCUAGUCUAACAUUUCAUAGUGUAAAGAUUGUUUUUGUGGAUCCAGCAGAAGGUGAAACAAAUAAAUUUCACGCAGAUUCAUAUUCAGUGUUUUGUCUUCUUCCAAAGAUGCUGUGACGUUUCAUAAAAACUUAACAAAAACCUUUUGCUGUGUUUAUUUUUCAAGCUUUUUCAUUCGGUCAGUCACUCGCACACCACCUCCUAAAUCAAAAUAGAUGUAUAAAACCAAAAAACAAGUCCAACUGAAGGAUCCUCACUGGAAUGGCCUGUCAACAACCAACAAUGACAAAAGAAAGUGCACUUGAAAGUAGACCUAGCUUUUUUUUUUUUCUUUUCCCCCUUUGCCUCUGAAAUUUUUGAGUGCAUGUACAUAAUAUAAAUAACAGAAAACUGUGGGAGUUAUGUUUUAUAUUGUUUUAGCCAGUUGACAUUGUGUGUGGUAUAACAAAGGACACAAUAAAAAUGGUCUGAAAUUGUGAAAUAAAGUUGAAUAAAAACAAACAGAAAA